AUUCAAAAAGUAUAAGUCGUAGAUACUUGAAAAUUUUACCAGUUAUUAAGAUUCGCGUUUUCUUUACGUGAUUUAAAUUUCAAAAUAUUUUUUAAUAUAAGCUGGUUUUUUUAAACCACCUUUUUUACCAACCACUAGAAAUUAUAUCCUAGGCUGACAAAUCAUCUUCGUUCAGAAUCGUUUUUCGUAUACAAUGAUAACUAUCAUUGGAUUCAAAUUUAACACUCCUAUAAUAUAUAAUAAUGAUCCAUACGGCACCUAAUGUACAGCAGAGCGGUACUCACUUGUCCACUUUUUUUUUUUUUUUUAGUAAUAGAAUAAUUUUUAAAUAUACAGUUAAGAUAAGGUUGAGAACUACUGAUCUAGUUAUUACUUAUAAAACAUAAGCAAUCGUAUUUUCUACUUUCCAUACUUAUAACUAGAUAAUUUUUAUUUAUAAUAAUAUGUUAUAAUUACAUUUUUACAUCUGAACUAUUUAUUACUUAAUAAGUGUUGUUCUAGAUUUGAAGCACCAUCAGCAUUGCAAAUUAAACAUUUUCAUGAGGCAAUUGUAAAAAUGAUUGCUGAGGAUUUGCAACCAUUGUCAAUUGUGGAGAAUUCUGGUUUCCAAAAUAUGAUAAAGCUAUUGGAUUCAAGGUACCAAAUACCAAGUAGGAGAUCACUGAGCAGAACCAUUAUUCCUGAAAUAUAUGAAAAUGUAAAAAAUCGAGUUCAGUCAUUAUUAAAUAAAACCAAUUAUGUGGCUAUUACUACAGAUGUCUGGACUUCGAUGAAUACUGAUUCUUUCAUAACGAUAACUGCUCAUUUUUUUCCAACAGACCAAACUCGGCUUAAAACCAUUGUUUUAUGUACAAAAAAAUUGGAAUCAAAUCAUACUGGUACAUAUUUAGCUGAAGUUAUGACUAAUGAACUUAAUAUCUGGGAUAUCUACCCGAAAGUGAUUGCAAUUGUGACUGAUGGUGGUGCUAAUAUUAAGGCUGCAGUUAGACUUAUGGGCAUUCAGCAUAUGCCAUGUAUAGCCCACAAACUAAAUUUAGUUGUUCAACAUGCUCUGUAUCUAACAGAUGACGCCGAAGCAGGAGACAAUACAUAUGCAGAACAACUGAAAAACAUUUUAAAAAAAUGUCGGGGUAUUGUUGGUUAUUUUAAACGUAGUGAGGUCGGUAACAGGUUUUUAAUUGAAAAGCAAAAACAACUAGGUCAUGGACAAAUUUUAAAACUAAAGCAGGAUAUGCGUACAAGGUGGAAUAGUUCCCUAUUUAUGAUGGAGAGACUAGUGAAAUUAAAAGAGCCUCUUACCAUAGUAAUGAUUUCACUAAAUGAUGCUCCUAAUAAUCUAAAUUCUGAGGAAUGGAACUAUAUUGAAGACAUUGUACCUCUUUUAAAACCUUUUGAUAGUCUAACUACAGAACUAUCAGCAGAGCAAUAUCCAACAAUAUCUAAAGUUAUACCAUUAAUACGAGGAUUGCAAACUUCAUUAAAUGGAAAAAAUCCCAAAACAUGCCUUGGACAAUUUGUUAAACAAAAUUUAUUGUCUAACAUAUCCAGAAGAUUUGAAUCAAUUGAGAAGCAAACACUGGUACCAUAUUUUUCCCGGGCAACCUUAUUGGAUCCAAGAUGCAAAAAAGUAGCAUUUGGAGUUGAAAGUAAUGCUACUGAUGCUGAAAAAAGCAUCAUUUCAGAAAUUACCAGUUUAAUGCACAAUGCUGCUGAAACUGAAUCUGAAAUGCCUACUGGACAUGAUGAAGAAAACUCUGAUAAUUUGUGGAAUUUUUUGAUGGAUAGAGUUAGUAGCGUUCAAUCGACUAGUACAAGCAGCAGUAGUGCUAUUGCUUUGAUGAAGCAAUACAUGAAUAUGCCAUAUCAACAUCUGAACUGCAACAUCGUGGAAUAUUGGAGAGAUCACAAAUCAUUACUUCACCCUUUAAGCGAAAUAGCCUUAAAAUAUAUUAUGAUUCCUGCAACAUCUGUGCCUUCUGAAAGGAUAUUUUCAAAAGCAGGUCAAAUUAUGAGUGCUAGGCGUAACAGGCUGUUGCCUGAUAAUUUAGACACUCUUGUUUUUUUGAAUAAAAAUAUGUAACUUUUAAUAAUAUUUAAUUAUAACUUAAAAGUUCUAAGUUAUAAUAUACUAUUAAAAUAUUUUUAAGUACCUGAUGCUUGCUUUUUUUUUUUACAGUUACACAAUAUCCAACUGGUUUGGAAAGUCUUCCAAGUAUUGAAUCUUUCUUUCUUUAAAUUCAAUUGGGUUCAAGAAGUCUAAAAUUAACAGCAAUUACAACUACCAAUCAAUAAACAAAUUGUAUUAAUUACCCAAAUAUAAAUAUAAAUAUAUUAUGAUUCCUGCAACAUCUGUGCCUUCUGAAAGGAUAUUUUCAAAAGCAGGUCAAAUUAUGAGUGCUAGGCGUAACAGGCUGUUGCCUGAUAAUUUAGACACUCUUGUUUUUUUGAAUAAAAAUAUGUAACUUUUAAUAAUAUUUAAUUAUAACUUAAAAGUUCUAAGUUAUAAUAUACUAUUAAAAUAUUUUUAAGUACCUGAUGCUUGCUUUUUUUUUUUUACAGUUACACAAUAUCCAACUGGUUUGGAAAGUCUUCCAAGUAUUGAAUCUUUCUUUCUUUAAAUUCAAUUGGGUUCAAGAAGUCUAAAAUUAACAGCAAUUACAACUACCAAUCAAUAAACAAAUUGUAUUAAUUACCCAAAUUAUUAUUUAUUAUUAAAAGUACCUAUAUACUUCAUGA